AUGAGCGUGCUGCUGCCCAUCCGAAGGAGCGCUCUCCGUCUCCCGUUGUCAACGCCUCGGCGCCCUGUUCUUGCUUGUGCACAUGCGUAUCGCUCACGGCAAAGCUCGACCUUUUGCCCGACUAACAUAGCUGCGCUGCUAAGGCCAGCCUCCCCGCUUUCGUCUACUCCGCCACGGGAACUGUCAGAAAGUGAGUCACUCACGCUUCAUGGCUAUGUCCGGUCUGUAAGGAAGCAGAAGCGCGUUGCCUUCGCGGUCAUCGGCGAUGGAUCGACCUUGCAGACAGUACAGACCGUCUUGUCUCCUCAGCUAGCAGAAGACCUUUCAACAGGUGCUGCUGUGGCCGUGACUGGAAAAUGGAAAGAAUCACCAGGUGGGAAGCAGUCACAUGAGCUUCAGGUCGAAGACAUCCGCGUCCUGGGAGCCAACGAUGCCACCACUUCUCCGAUCCAGAAGAAGUACCAGUCGGCAGAAUUCCUUCGCACCGUUCCUCAUCUGCGACCUCGCCUGCCAUUUAACGCUCUGAUUCUGCGACUGAGGUCACUCGUCACGGCGCAAGUGACCAGCUACUUUGCCAAGAAUGAUUUCAUCCAGUGUCAUCCUCCCAUAAUCACUUCUUCCGACUGCGAGGGAGCCGGAGAAGUCUUUACUAUCGAGCCUGCCGCGUCUGAUGCUACAUCUGCACAUGUGCCUGGCUUAUCCAGCCAGCCAAACAAGCUGCCUGACCCGUUCUUCGGCUCCCCGAAGUACCUAACAGUGUCGAGUCAGCUCCAUUUGGAGGCACUGGCGCAGUCCGUCGACAAAGUGUGGACGCUGUCGCCAACUUUUCGCGCCGAGAAAAGCGAUACAGCCCGCCAUCUCAGCGAGUUCUACAUGUUGGAAGCCGAAAUAGCUUUUGCUGAAAAGCUCGGAGACGUCAUGGACGUGGUAGAGAACAUGCUGCGCUCCAUUGCAACUGAGCUCCAAGCCUCGCAUGUAGGCCAGGAGCUGCUCGAGGCUCGAGCACGGGAUCAGAGUGAAGAGAGUACAACUGUGUCGCACGACGCACUCGCGCAACGAUGGCAGGGUCUCAUCAACGGACCGUGGCCACGAAUCGAAUAUUCCGAGGCGAUACAGCACCUGAAGGAUGCCACUGCACAAGGUAAAGUGCACUUUGACUUUUCACCGGAACACGAAGACGGUCUUCAGACCGAGCACGAGCGUUAUCUCGCCGACCAUCUCGGCAACGGGGGCCCUAUCUUCGUCACAAACUACCCUCGCUCCAUGAAGCCCUUCUACAUGUCACCCUCGGUUCCAUGCAACUCAGACAGUCAAGGGGCGCCCACAGUAGCAUGCUUUGAUCUUCUCGUGCCCGAGAUCUGCGAACUAGUCGGUGGUUCGAUGCGUGAACACAGGCUGCCGGAGCUCCAGCAGUCCAUGGUAGAUCAUGGCCUUCGAGCAGCAGCUGACUGCGACAGCGAGGCGACAGAUGGGUCCCUACAGUGGUACCUGGACCUGAGACGGUAUGGCAGUGUACCGCAUGGAGGGUUUGGCCUAGGCUUUGACCGCCUGAUCUGCUACCUCUCCGGGGUGCAGAACAUCAGAGAUGUUGUUGCGUUCCCGAGAUACUACAGGAAGUGCGACUGUUGA